AUGGCCUCGCUUCACCACAAUCCGGCUUUGCGGAGUGGGAGGCCGUCUCCGUCGCUUGCUCACAGGCGCAGCUCGUCGAGCGGACACUUUCACCGCCGCGAAAUCGAACGCCCGUCCGACGACCCCCCCACAUUACAAUCUCACGACGACGCAGGGCGCAGCCAGGCCGGGGCGAGCGGUGCAGGAGGAUGCCUGGAGGACGAAUCGACCCUGGGAGGGACAGAGGCGCCCGGUCAGCAAAGUCGCGAGUCGCAGCUGCCUCUCCUCGAAGGCGGUGACGUCUCGGAACACUUCCUGAAGCCACCACAAGUCGUCGAGCGGCCUGACCUGCACAACCAAACCUCGUCCCAGCGCUUGCAAUCAGUUCGCGCGGCACUUGUCGCCGCAAACAUCCUCUCCCUUGGCGCCGACACGGACUGGGAUUCGCGACCACCCGGCAUUGACCCUCGCCGAGUCGACAUACCGGACUUGCACUGCAGAUCGGUCGUCCAGGUCGCGGAGUGGAGCAAGGAGCGCGCAGAGUUCACCGUCCUGACGAACGAGUCGGUGCCGGGCUUCCUCGAAGCAGGCCGUCCCGACUUCGCGAAGGUCAGAUGGAUGCACGUCAACGGGCUCUCGUGGGACGUGAUCAAACCGCUUGCGCUGCACUUCAACCUCCACCCGCUCUCGCUCGAAGAUAUGCUGCACUCGUCCUCGUCCGCCUCGACGCGCAGUAAAGUCGACUACUACCGCCAGCAUCUCUUUGCGCGAGUUGUCGUGCACCGCACGCUGGAUCAGCAGCCCAAGGUGGAUCUGGAUGCGCCCGAGGAGACCCUGGGCAUCAGUCGAAGUACGACGAAGGCGCUGAAGGGAGGGGGGAAGGAGAGGGGUGCGCAGCUCAGGGAGCAAUUUGGCUUCCACCAUCACCAACGAGACGAAGAGGCGAUCGUCGACUCCGCCACGCAUUCGCGCAUCGGCUCGCAUGCCUCAGGAUCAGCUAGUCCCGACGAAGCGGCGCAGAUCAUCGCCUCAACCGGGACGCAAUCGCCGCUCAUGGCUGUCCACCCGAAGGCGUAUAGCCAAUAUCGGAAGAACCUGCGGGAGGCGUUCAAAGGUGUCAAAAGAAGCAGAGAGGAAGGGUACAGGACGCUCUCGCACAAUCGCUCAGGCUUGGCGACUAAGUGGCAUGGGUUGACGACGAAGUCAAAGCGGCGGCGGAAGGAAGAAGCGCAGCGUGCGGCGGCGAGGUGGACGGUCGCGACGCUGACCAAGGACGUCAAGGUUCAUAUCCAUGUCGAGCAACUUUCAAUCUUCCUCUUCCGAGACGGCACCAUCCUCUCCUUCUCGCAAGACUCGGGGUACCACCACCAGAUCAGCCAGAUUUUCGAGCGCAUCCAGUCGCGCGACGACCUCCUCCGCGAUUCGGAAGACGCGAGUUUCGUCCUGCAGGCGCUCUUGGAUGUGACGGCGGACGAUGCCUUGGACAUUGUCGACGAGUUUCGCGAGACGUUGACGAUGCUCGAGAGUCGGGUGUUGGCGCGACCAGAUAUGGACGACGUCCGGCACCUUCACAUCCUCUCAUCCCAGCUGCUUCUCCUCAAGUCGACUUUCACGCCACUCCAACUCCUCCUUCAAGCGAUCCGGUCGCAGGACGACGCGAAGGCUGCGGCAGCGUUCCGGAUCGAGGCGCUGGCCGGGCCGAGUGCGACGGCGAACCAGGCUCCUGGCGAUGAGCGGGAGGGCGAAGCGGAGAGGGGCAGGGAGAAGGAGAGGGUGGCGGAGAGGGCCGCGAGGAAGGGCUUUGUGAGCCACGAGGCGAAGGUCUACCUCGGCGACGUGAUGGACCACGUCGACUCUGUCCUCUCAAGCCUCGACCUCUUUUCGGAUCUCGCGGAGAACCUGAUCGCCUUUACUUUCAACAACUUGUCCUACUCGUCCAACGCAUAUAUGCAAGCGCUAUCGGUCGUCUCGAUAAUCUUUGUUCCCGCCACCUUCCUUUCCUCCUACUUCGGCAUGAACUUUUCGCAGGGAUCGUUCAUUAGCGACCUCGACAAGGGCGUGAGGUUAUUCUGGGCCAUCGCCUUACCCGUCACCUUCGUCACCGUCUUCCUCUUCGGCUGGGGCUACUUCGUCGAACUCGCCUCUCGUGCCCGCCGGGAUAUCCUGCGGAUGUACCACCAAGUCGAGAUCCGAAGGUCGAGGAGCAGGAAGGAGAAGGAGUUGUGA